UUGACGACGCAGGCCCCGCCCCUGGAGACGCGCGCGGCGCGGCGGUCCCCAGUGAAGGGAGCAGGGAGGCGGGGCCCGGCCCGGGGUCCGCGCGGCGCGGCCGCCAUGAAGCUGACGCGGAAGAUGGUCUUGGCCCGGGCCAAGGCCUCGGAGCUGCACAGAGUGCGCAAACUCAACUGCUGGGGUAGCCGUCUCACAGAUAUUUCCAUCUGCCGGGAGAUGCCCAGCCUGGAGGUGGUCACUCUCAGCGUCAACAGUGUGUCCAGCCUGGAGCCCAUGAGCCGGUGCCAGCGCCUGAGCGAGCUGUACCUGCGGAGGAACUGCAUCCACAGCCUGGCCGAGCUCUUCUACCUGAAGGACCUGCCGCGCCUCCGGGUGCUGUGGCUGGCUGAGAACCCGUGCUGCGGCGCCAACCCGCACCGCUACCGCAUGACCGUGCUGCGCAACCUGCCCAACCUCCAGAAGCUGGACAAUCAAGCUGUGACGGAGGAGGAGCUGUCCCGCGCCUUGCUGGAGGGAGAGGAGAUCACCGCCCCGGGCAGACAGGGUGUGGGCAACGGCUGCCCUGAGCAGCCGUCCUACGUGCUGAGCUCCAUCAGCUCUGCCUCUGAGACCGGCCAGGACCUGCUGAGCUGCUGCGAGGAGGAGGCAGACUGCAUCCAGAGCCAGCUCGGCCUGAAGGCCCCUUCCCGGGACCGGUUUCCUUCCUUCUCCCAGAGGGACGUUUCCAGCAGUCACAGGAAUAGGAACGUCCUGACCGCCAUCCUGCUGCUGCUGCGGGAGCUGGACGUGGAGGGGCUGGAGGCCGUGCAGCAGACGGCGGGCAGCCGGCUGCGGGCCCUGCAGGAGCAGGAGCUGCCCGAGCAGGAUGGGGGACCUGGCCGUGAGCGGUUUGGGUUUGCCGACCAGGGAGACCCGAGAACAACAAGCGGCCCUGGGUCCUCCUCAGCAGGCUACGGCCCCACUGCCGGGGGAAGGAUGUUUCCACGGCAGCAAGGGGACGCCGCAGCAGUGGGGCGGUCCCCCCUGAGCAGGGGCGUGGUCCAGAAGCUUCCCUCUGGGCAGAGGAUGCCAGGAUGCAGGUGGUGCCCCGGAAACCAAGGGUGUGCUCCCGUGGAACAAGGGAGUCAGCCUCGCGCCUUUAUGGAGAAGACCCAGCUCUGGCUGUGCUAGAAGGUGGGGACCGGGGCAGGACAGUGGUGACUUCCUCAGCCCUUCCCCCCCGUGUGGGGUUGGGGCCUGGGUCUCCAACACGACCACACACAAGCUGAGAGCACGUCAAGAGUGUGCACUGCACAGACCACGGAGCCAGUGACGGAGUGAUGGCGUUUGGAAGGCCACUCGCUCUCCUACGCUGCUGUUUGAAGAUGAAGCUACGCUCGUGGUACAGGCCGUUUUUAAAAUGUUGGUAGCCCUUGGACGCUGCUCCCUGGGCGAGCCCUGGGUGAAGGCGGGUGACCCACCUGCAGGGGUAUUUCAGGUCAGUGGCGUGAUCUCAGCGGUGGGAACCAAGGAGUUACCACGCUGGGGACGCCUAGAUGGAAGGUCACAGGCCAGAGUCUGUGCCUCGUCAAUAAAGCGCUGUCUGUGAGAA